CCUCGAAGACUCGAUUCAACGUUGUACUAGAAAUGGACCAGAUUCAGCACAAGUACAUAGCCGUACAUGGCCUGAACCUCCACGUCGCCGACAUCGGAACCGGUCCCAAUGUGGUCAUGUUCCUGCACGGAUUCCCAGAAAUAUGGUACUCGUGGCGCCACCAGAUGAUCGCUGCCGCCGGCGCCGGCUUCCGGGCCAUCGCCCCCGACUACCGUGGACAUGGUCUUUCCGACUUGCCGCCGGAACCCGAGAAGGCCUCCUACCGUGACCUCGUCAAUGACAUCCUUGCAAUUCUUGAAGCCCUUGCUAUCACUAAGUUUUUCGUGGUUGCAAAAGAUUAUGGAGCUUGGCCAGCAUACAUACUUGCUCUUCUUUACCCAGAUAGGAUCUUGGGAGUUGUAACAUUGGGAGUGCCAUACUUACCAGCUUCAAGUCGUCCUAGUUUCGCAGAAUCCCUCCCUGAAGGUUUCUACAUCUCAAGAUUUCAUGAACCAGGCAGGGCUGAAGCAGAUUUCGGGCGCUUUGAUGCGACAACAGUUUUUCGGAAUAUUUACAUCCUUUUCUCCAGAAGCGAAAUCCCAAUAGCUGCAGAAAACCAGGAGAUCAUGGACUUGGUUGACCCCUCUACACCUCUUCCCCCUUGGUUAUCUGAGGAAGAUCUUCAAGCAUAUGGAGAUUCAUAUGAGAGAACAGGUUUCCAGACUGCAUUGCAGAUCACAUAUAGGUCCAAGUCAGACGACAUGGGCAUAACAGAGCUAAUUGUUAAAGUUCCGGUGCUUGUUAUAGUGGGACAGAAGGAUUACUUUCUAAAGUUUCCGGGGAUAGAGGACUCUAUAACCAGUGGAAAGGUGAAGGAGUUUGCAACUGAUUUGGAGCUUGUAGAUAUGCCUGAAGGAACACAUUUUGCUCAAGAACAAUUUCCUGACCAGUUCAAUCAGAUAAUGCUCACCUUCCUUAAAAAGCACAUCUGAUUUCCACAGAUAAGGUGUUAUCUAUGUUUUUAAAGAGGUUUUCUUAAUUCCAGUGGGUAUUAUCAUGGGAUGAUGUGAAAGGUAGAAUAAUCAAUAAUCUGCUUUGUGGCAUGUAAUGUUCUGAAACUAUAAUAAGGUCUUUCCAAUACCUUCAUUUUGAAGUCCAUUGUAAGGAAAGUAUAGGGGUUUGACUUCCUAUUACCCUGUGUUCAGUAUCAUAGUUCCUUCUGGAUUCAAAAUGUAUUACUGAGGGGGAAGGUUGAUGGUUUUACUGUUUAAGUAAGCAAAAGCUUUACUAAAAUCC